AUGUUCCGCCAAGCUUUAAGACUUGCCCCUGUCAUCUGCAAGCGUCCGGCUGUUGUCGGCGUUGUCCGUCCAAUUGUUGCCGUUCCUAGAGCUGCUCAGUUUUCCACGAGCUUUGCCCGGCUCAACACCGAGCCAAAGGCCCUUAUCCAGCAGGAGCUCGAGUACGAGAAGAAAGAGGCCUUUGACCUGGACCCAAGUUUUGUCGAAUACAUGAAAAACGAGAACAUCCAGGCCAUCGAGCCAAAGGACAACGUUUUCUGUCAUUUGGUCAAGGAACUCGACGCCGAGAAGGUGCACGUUCUGUUUGACCUGCAAAAGUUCACUUUUGCCACAAGCGAGGCCAAGAACUUUGCUGCUGAGCAAGAGUUUGACCAGGAGAUUCUCGAGGACAAGUCGGAGCUCUCCCAUAGCGCCGAGUUCUUUGUCGUUUUGGAAAAAGACGGCAAGGCUCUGCAAUUCGAGGUGGACAUUAGCGUCGAGGACUACGCUUUCUUCAUUGCCGGUGUCAAGGCCUUCAACAAGGUCGAAGACGCCCUGAAGUACGAGAACUGUGUUGGCGAGACCGACCAGCAAUACAGUGGCCCAAUCUACGAGAACUUGUCUGUGGAAGUCCAGGAUAUGUUUUCCGACCUGCUGCGUGAGAAGGGAAUGGACGAGGAGCUCGGAGAACUGCUUGUUGCCUACUCCACCUGGAAGGAGAACGAGAUGUACAUCAACUGGCUCGAGAAAGUCCAGGCCUUUGUGUAA